UUUUUUUGGCGGCCGUUUAAGCCGGUUACAACUUAACCAAUUCAUUCUCCAGAGGCCCGCUCCGUCGCUUCCUCAUCCCGCUCGAUGCCCAUCCCGUGCCCUAGCUCUCGCCAAUCCCCGCGAUCCAGGCUUCGUCCCAAGCUCGGUCUGGCGUGAACUCCUGCGGCCAACUCCGCUUCGUCAGACGGUCGAGCACCCGUCGCCGCAGCCGCCAUGAAGCCCGAAUGUGCCCUAGCUUCCGCCAAUCAUAGCUCCAUCUCCCAGGCCUGUCUCCCUCUCCCUGUACCCAAGCUGGCUCUUGCACGAGCAUCCUCGGAUAGCUCCUCUUCAUAGAUCGGUCGAGCACCAACGUUUACGCCGCCGCAGCCACCAUUAAGUCCGACUCUGUCCGUGCCGUAACUUGUGUGAACAGACCAAUCUGCGCGAGCCUCUUAUUCGAUUGAGCACCCACGACAGACGGCCGACUUUCCGUUACGUCUACGACGUCGCAGCCUCCCUCUCACCGUGCCCUAAUUUCUCUUGCUGGUGCUCGACCACUGCCGUGAGGUUGGCUUCUUUUCUCCUUCGACAAAGCACAGAGGAAAUCGGAAAGAGCCAGUGAGGCACUAGGCAGGAAGGUUGACCGAAGCUUUUGUGUAUAGCCACUUUUGAUUUGCCGAGUAGUGAAGGUGAUAGAUACAUGACAGGCCUUGAUCACCACAUUAAUGGAGGUUGCCAGGACUGAAGGUGAUGAGCUGAUAGCAGACUAUGUUAACUGCCUCAUGUCAUUGGAUGCUAACUCCCGUCCAGUUGAGAAUAUCAACCCAUCAUCGCUUUCAGUCUCUGCUGCGGCCCAGAUACAAACAAAUAUUCCUUCAGUGCUUCAUGAACAGUCAGUACCAAAAGUUUUUGUUCAGGCUGGUGUGGAAGAGACAGAUCUUGAACCAGUGUUGGGUAUGGAAUUCGAAUCUGAUGAGGCUGCAAAGACAUUCUACAAUGAGUAUGCAAGGAGAUUGGGGUUUCCUUUUCGUGUUGGUAGGUCACGGCGAUCCAAAGGAACCGAGGAGGUGCUGAUUAUGAAGAGAUUUGUUUGUUCAAAAGAGGGCAUAUACCAGAAGAAACCUUCAAGUGAGGGAACGAGGAAGCGCGAAAGGAUGUCUAUGAGAGAAGGUUGCAAAGCGAUGAUGGAGGUUAUUCGUGAUAAUGAGAGGUGGGUAGUGUCUAAGCUUGAGAAAGCACAUAAUCAUCAUCUUGGUACUUGUACCAGGGUUGGUUACCUUCGUUCUAGAGGCUUCAUUAAUGCUUCAGAUAAGGCAAAUUUCAUUGCCUCUGAUACAAUGAUGUUGCUUCGGCAAAAUGCCUUUGGUCAAGGUGGAGAUGCUCAGGGUCUUCUUGAUUACUUCAAGAGAAUGCAAGCUGAGAAUCCUGCGUUCUUUUAUGCAAUCCAAGUUGACAACAAUAGCUGUGUUUCUAAUGCUUUCUGGGCUGAUGCAAAAGCUAGAACAUCGUAUAACUAUUUUGGAGACACUGUUACAUUUGAUACGACUUAUAAGAAGAACAAAUACAUGAUGCCCUUUAUUACCUUCUCUGGUGUGAACCACCAUUUGCAGCCAGUUAUCUUUGGAUAUGCUUUGCUCAUUGAUGAGAAUGAAUACUCUUUCAUUUGGUUAUUUGAAACAUGGCUUGAAGCUAUGGGUGGUCGGCGGCCUGUUUCAUUUGUAACUGAUCAGAAUAGAGCCAUGGCAGCAGCAACUGCCAAAGUGUUUCCAGAGACCUGUCAUCGUUUUUGUAAAUGGCUUAUAUUGAGCAGAAGUAAACAGAAGUUAGCUCAUGUGUAUUCAGCACAUCCUACACUGAAAGCGGAGCUGGAAAAAUGUGUCAAUGAGUCUGAAUCAAUUAGAUCUUUUGAAACAAAUUGGGCAUCAAUGAUUGAUAAAUUUGAUCUAAUGAAGAACACAUGGCUGCAAGGUUUGUUCAACAUUCGUCAGAAAUGGGUUCCUGUGUAUUUAAAGGACAAUUUCUUUGCAGAGAUGUCCCCAACUCAGAAAUUAGAGACGAUGAAUGAUUUUUAUAAGAAACAUUUCAAUACAAAGACCUCAUUGAAAGUUCUUCUAACACAGUUUGAGUUGGCUAUGGCUAGCAGAUAUGAAGAUGAAGUAGAAGCCGAGUUAGAUACAAUAUGCACAAGCCCAAUUUUGAAAACUGCAUCACCCAUAGAAAAGCAAGCAGCCCUCAUUUACACUAGAACAGUAUUUGAAAAGUUUCAGGAGGAGUUUGUAGAGUCAUUUGGUUGCCAUGUUUACAAAGUAAAGGAUGGCGCUGUUAGUAAAUUCAAUGUGACUAGAGACGAUGAUGCUCUUGAGACAUUUACAAUAACUUAUAAUGCAGCCAAAAGUAUGGCAACUUGUAGUUGUAAGCACUUUGAGUUUUCAGGGAUUUUGUGCAGGCAUAUUAUAGCUGUGUUCUUGAUGGUUGAUGUCCGAAUUCUUCCGGAAGAGUACUUCUUGAGGCGGUGGACAAGAAGUGCAAUGAGAGGAUCUCUUCUGGAUGAAGACUUUGAUAACAACCAAGUUGCAUGUCAGGCUUCUGUUUCAUCAAGAUUCAACGAUCUUUGCCGUGAUGCUAUUAAAUUUGCAGAAAAGGGAGCAAAAUCUACAGAAAUGUACAGAGUCGUAAAGGCUGCAUUACAGAAGGUUUUUACUGAAAUUAUUGCUAGUGAUAAAACUGUUAGUACAGGUGCACAUAGAGAUGCAAUCAAUAUUAAUGAAGAAAUUCCAAUAGAUGAUGCAAUGAAUGACCAAUCACUACAAGAUCCAGAACGGAAGGUUACUAAUUUUCUGGGACAGCUACUUGGCUCUUCAUGGUCUCCAAUGUGAAAGCUACAUUUCUUAUUGCAGACAAACCUAUUUCUCUUGGAACUUACUUGGUUAUUUCAUUUAAGACCUUGGAGAUCACAACAGCAGAAACACCCAACAGAGAAGCUCUCAGGCUCUCUGUAUUUGGCUUGGGAAUUUAUGAAGAGCAGCUGUAAAGGCAAAUUUAUAUGACUGGUUUGAGAAAAUCUAUAUUGCUGCUCCGUUCUUCUUUCUGUAUCGCAAGAUAUAUGAUUAAUGGAGUGUAGUCUCUGUUAAGUAUUAGCAAUUAGGUUCUGUUUUAGCAGCAUUAUGCCUUGUUGGAAUCAGAUUUCAAAAGUAUUUUUAUCUUAGAGGUUGCUGUACAGGCAUUAACCGAACCUGCCAAGUUAUUUCUUUGUAAAAAAGGGAGGAGUUAUGAGUUGAUUAAAUUUUGAAAUAAUUUGUAAUUUUGUUGGUUUAAGGGAUGUUUGGUUUGAAGUAAAAUGGGUGUAAGUAUUCUAAAUGUAGGGGAUUUGAGAAUAUCAGUGUUUGAUUUGAAGUAAAAUAAAUACAGAGUAAAAUAUUGGUGCAUUUGAAUUUCACCAUUUAAA